AGUGGUAAUUGAGCCUAAGGACAGGGAAGCCAACACUAUGUACAAACAAGCUUUAGAUUUUCUUUCAAAAGCUUUGGAAGUUUGGCCAAAUGCGAACGUCAAAUUUAACUAUUUAGAAAAGCUGCUUAGUAGCAUGCCACCGUCUCAGUCAGAUCCGUCCACAGCACUUGCUCAGGGCUUGGAUGUCAUGAACAAGGUUCUGGAGAAGCAGCCGCAUCUUUUCAUUAAAAACAACAUCAGCCAGAUCUCACAGUUUCUUGAGCUGUCUUUCAAACACAAGAUGUUCGACGCUGGGAAAUCGCUAUGCUCUUUGUUGAAGAUGGUUUUCAUCGCCUUCCCACAUGAUGGAGCUAGUACGCCUCCUGACAUAAAGCUGUUGUAUCAGAAAUUCAGUGAGCUGAUACAAAAACAUGUGCAUCCUGUUACUGCUCCACAAGUGUCAGGAGAUGAUAACUCUCUCGGUUCAAUCGGCUUUAUACUUGUUGUCCUCAAAACCUUGGCAGAGGUUCAGAAAAACUUUGUUGAUCCUUAUGUACUGGUGCAUAUCCUUCAGCGUCUUUCGCGGGAUCUGGGAUCAGCAGCGGGUGCUCAUCCUAGACAAAGCCAGCGGACAGAUUCAGAUUCUGCAGUAACUUCUUUUCGUCAAACUGCUGAUGUUGGGGCAGUUAUAUCUAAUAUAAAGUCGGUCUUGGAACUUAUUGAUGAAAGGGUUAUGCUUUUAGCGGAUUGCAAAAGACCUGUGACUCAAAUAUUGAACACGUUGCUUUCAGAGAAGGGGACUGAUUCUAGUGUGCUUAUCUGCGUGCUAGACAUGUUAAAAAGGUGGGCUGAGGAUGAUUUCGGGAAAACAAGUUCAUCGGGGUCCUCUGGUGCCUUUCUUACCCAGAAAGAUAUAGUUUCUUUCCUCCAGAAGCUUGCACAGGUUGAUAAGCAGCACUUCUCAUCUGUUGCUUUGGAUGAGUGGGAUAAGGCGUAUCUCCAGCUUUUAUAUGGACUUUGUGCCGAUUCAACGAAGUAUCCGUUGGCACUCCGACAAGAGAUCUCUCUGAAAGUUGAGAGACAUUCCAUGCUUGGUUUACGGGCAAGGGAUCCUGAUAUGCGAAGGAAGUUCUUCUUGUUAUACCAUGAGUCUCUCGGAAAAAAUUUAUUUGCACGGUUGCAGUAUAUUAUUCAAAACCAAGAUUGGGAAGCUAUGGGUGAUGUUUUUUGGCUCAAACAGGGUCUUGAUCUCCUCCUAGCCAUUUUAAUUGAGGAGAAGCCCAUUACGCUAGCACCGAAUUCUGCCAGGGUAGUACCACUUUUGUCAUCACAAAAUCCUGGAACACAUUACCAACCACCUGCUAUGCCAGAGGGACCUGAAGAAGUUGGCUCAAUGUUUGAUAGCAUUGUAAUGAAGCAUGCACAAUUUCUUAGUGCGGCAAGCAAACUUCAGGUCGCUGAUGUUGUUAUCCCUUUAAGGGAGCUUGCUCACACAGAUGCCAAUGUUGCUUACCAUUUGUGGGUGCUAGUAUUUCCAAUUGUGUGGGCAACUCUACACAAGGAAGAGCAGAAAGCUUUAGCUAAGCCUAUGAUUUCUCUACUUUCGAAGGACUACCACAAGAAGCAGCAAGGGCACAGACCAAAUGUUGUUCAAGCACUUCUGGAAGGGCUUCAGUUGAGCCAUCCUCAACCUAGGAUGCCUAGUGAGCUUAUCAAAUAUAUAGGAAAAACGUACAAUGCAUGGCAUCUUGCAUUGACUUUGUUAGAGACUCAUGUCAUGCUGUUCACGAAUGAAUCAAGAUGUGCUGAGUCUCUUGCUGAGCUUUAUCGUUUGUUAAACGAAGAUGACAGGAGAUUUGGAUUGUGGAAGAAUAGGUCCAACACCACCGAAUCGAGAGCUGGGCUUUCAAUGGUUCAACAUGGAUUUUGGCAACGUGCUCAGAGCCUAUUUUAUCAGGCAAUGGUUAAGGCAACCCAAGGCACUUACAAUAACACAGUACCUAAGGCCGAAAUGUGCCUGUGGGAGGAGCAAUGGCUCCACUGUGCCACUCAACUUGGUCAGUGGGAUGCCCUGGUAGAUUUUGGAAAAAGCACCGAGAAUUAUGAAAUUUUGCUUGAUAGUCUUUGGAAAGCUCCAGAUUGGGCAUACUUGAAAGAUCAUGUGAUACCCAAAGCACAAGUGGAAGAGACGCCGAAGCUUCGUUUGGUUCAAGCUUGUUUUGCCCUUCAUGAAAAAAAUGCAAACGGUGUAGGAGAUGCUGAAAACAUAGUUGGGAAAGGCGUUGAUCUUGCUUUGGAACAGUGGUGGCAGUUACCGGAAAUGUCUCUUCAUGCUAGGGUGCCUCUACUGCAGCAAUUUCAACAACUAGUGGAGGUGCAAGAGUCUUCUAGAAUUUAUGUUGACAUCACAAAUGGGAGUAAAGUUCCUGGAAAUGCUGCUUUUGGGGGACAGGGAAAUCAUUAUGCAGAUCUGAAAGACAUUCUUGAGACUUGGAGGCUAAGAGCUCCAAAUGAAUGGGAUAAUAUGACCAUCUGGUAUGAUAUGCUGCAGUGGAGGAAUGAGAUGUAUAAUGUUGUUAUUGAUGCAUUUAAGGAUUUUAUAACUUCAAAUACUCAACUUCAUCACCUUGGUUAUCGUGACAAAGCAUGGAACGUCAAUAAGCUUGCUAGGAUAGCUCGGAAACAAGGGCUUUAUGAUGUUAGCGUUCAGAUACUUGAAAAAAUGUAUGGGCACUCGCAAAUGGAAGUACAGGAAGCCUUUGUUAAAAUUAAAGAGCAGGCAAAAGCUCAUCUGGAAACGAAAGGAGAGCUCGCUACUGGUCUUAAUCUGGUUAAUAGCACAAAUUUGGAGUUCUUUCUAGCGAAGAACAAGGCAGAAAUUUUUCGACUAAAGGGGGAUUUUCAUUUGAAGCUAAACGACACUGAAGGUGCUAAUAUUGCAUAUUCCAACGCAAUCACCCUAUUCAAAAAUUUACCCAAAGGAUGGAUAAGCUGGGGAAAUUACUGUGAGAUGGCAUACCAAGAAACACAAGAGGAAAUCUGGCUGGAAUAUGCCGUUAGCUGCUUUCUUCAGGGUAUAAGAUUUGGAGUUUCCAAUUCCAGAAGUCACAUGGCUCGUGUUCUUUACCUUCUUAGUUUCGAUACAGCAAAUGAGCAUGUUGGUAGAACAUUUGAUAAACACUUGGACCAAGUACCUCACUGGGUGUGGCUUUCUUGGAUCCCACAGCUGUUGCUUUCCUUGCAGCGUACAGAAGCACCCCAUUGCAAAUUAGUUCUAAUGAAAAUUGCUGCAGUAUUCCCGCAGGCUCUCUAUUACUGGCUUCGCACCUACUUACUAGAACGCCGUGAUGCAGUAAAUAAAUCUGAACUUAGCAGAAUUGUUUUGGCUCAAAGAAUGCAGCAGAAUGUUCCUGGUGUUAGUGCGGUUCAUGGUGGAGGCAAUUUACCAUCAGAAACUCAAAUCCAUCAAGGUGCUCAAACAAGUGGGGCUGUUGGAACCACCCGUGAUAAUGGUAACCCACAUGCGCAAGAAAGUGAACGUGCCAGUAUGGAAAACAACUUUAAUUCAGGGAAUGAUCAGCCUAUGAACCAAAGCAGUUCAACUAUCAAUGAAAAUAGUCAACACGCAGUAAUACGGGAUGGUGCUUCCUUGGCAAUGUCUGCUGCUGGUGCUUUUGAUGCUGCAAAGGAUAUUAUGGAAGCUCUUAGGAGUAAACAUAACAACUUGGCCAGUGAACUUGAGGUUCUUCUCACGGAAAUAGGUUCGAGGUUUGUUACUCUACCAGAAGAAAGACUUCUUGCGGUUGUGAAUGCUUUGUUGCAUCGAUGUUACAAAUAUCCAACUGCCACCACUGCUGAAGUUCCCCAACCGCUCAAGAAAGAACUCUCGGGUGUAUGCAGAGCUUGUUUUUCUGCAGAUGCUGUGACCAAGCAUGUCGCAUUUGUGAGAGAAUACAAACAGGAUUUCGAGCGUGACCUUGAUCCAGAAAGCAAUUAUUUCCCUGUCACACUCGCAGAUCUGACAAAGAAACUGAAAGACUGGAAAAUCAUUCUUCAGAGUAAUGUUGAAGACAGGUUCCCCGUUGUGUUGAGAUUGGAAGAAGAGAGCAAGGUGCUGCGUAACUUCAAUGUUGUUGAUGUGGAGAUACCAGGACAGUACUUUGCUGACCAGGAAGUCGCACCUGAUCAUACAGUAAAGUUGGAUAGGGUUGGAGCAGACAUACAAAUUGUACGAAGGCAUGGGAGCAGCUGCAGACGUUUGACUCUUAUUGGCUCCAAUGGCUCGCAAAAGCAUUUUAUUGUUCAAACAUCAUUAACUCCUAAUGCGAGGAGUGAUGAACGAAUCUUGCAGCUUUUCCGUGUGAUGAAUCAAAUGUUUGACAAGCAUAAAGAGUCGAGAAGACGCCAUUUAGGACUUCACACUCCGAUCAUAAUCCCUGUCUGGUCUCAGGUCCGAAUGGUUGAGGAUGAUCUCAUGUACAACACUUUCCUUGAGGUAUAUGAGAAUCACUGCGAAAGGAAUGGUCGAGAGUCAGAUCAUCCUAUUACCUACUUCAAGGAGAAACUCAAUCAAGCCAUCUCAGGGCAAAUCUCACCAGAAGCAAUUGGAGAUCUUCGACUACAGGCUUAUGGUGAAAUCACAAAGAACAUAGUCAAUGACACCAUCUUCUCUCAGUACAUGUACAAGACAUCAAUGAGCGGAAGUCAUCUUUGGGCUUUCAAGAAGCAAUUCGCUGUCCAGCUAGCUGUAUCCAAUUUCAUGUCCUUCAUUCUACAAAUUGGUGGGAGAUCCCCAAACAAGAUCUUGUUCGCCAAAAAUACGGGGAAAAUGUUCCAGACAGAUUUUCAUCCAUCGUACGACUCCAAUGGGAUGGUCGAGCUCAACGAACCUGUCCCUUUCCGCCUCACAAGAAACAUGCAAGCAUUCCUAUCGCAUUUUGGUGUCGAAGGUCCUCUCAUGUCAAACAUGUGUUCUGCAUCUCAAGCAGUUUUCUCCUCCAAGCAAAACGAACAUCUUCGGUAUCAAUUAGCCAUGUUCUUUCGCGAUGAGCUUCUAUCAUGGUUUGGAAGAAGACCUCUUGGGGUGCCUAUUCCUCCUGUUACAGGAAUUGCUACUUUGAGUUCGGCCGAGCUGAAGCACAAAGUUAACUUAAACGUUGACGAUGUCAUUGGACGAAUCAGAGGAAUAGCGCCACAGUAUUUCUGUGAAGAGGAUGAGAACUCGGUGGAGCCGCCACAGUCUGUACAAAGAGGUGUGAAUGAAUUGGUGGAGGCAGCUUUGUCGCCUCGCAAUCUAUGUAUGAUGGAUCCAACAUGGCAUCCGUGGUUCUAACUUGCUUUAAGUUGAACUUUUAACCAUUUUGAGGUAGAAUCCGAGUUUUGAAGAGGUUAGGUUUGUAAAUAGUUUACCUUACCGCGUUCCAACUCAUUAGGGUUUUUUGGAUGAUUUGUAUUGGAACAACUCAUCUAAAGUUAAAAAGUCGAAAUUUCCUCUA